AUGGCUGCCGAGGCACUCAAGGCUUAUCAAGAGUACAUGGGCGGCAGCGCGGGCAGCAACAAUGCACAGCAGCAGCAGCAGCAAGGACCGCAAGGGCAGCAGCCCGGCGCGAACUUCCAGAACCCAUAUGCUGCCGGAUAUGGCGCGCACAUGCAGCAGGUGCCGCAGGGUAUCCAAAAUCCGUACGCCGCCCAGCAGCAGUAUCUUCAAUCUAACCCUGUAAGUAAUCCCGAUCUGUAUACAUACCCACUUGACCUGUCCAAGCUCAGCACCGCGCUUCUCCCGGCACGUUCCACUGAUGUACAACAGUUCACCCGUGCUCACGUCCCUCCCGCUGCCCCGACUCCACCUCCUGCAGUGCCACAAGCAGCGGCCUCGAAUGCUGCGCUGGCACAGCACGGCCAGCUGCAGCCUUACAUACCGCAGGCCCCUGUCGGGGGACACGCCAGGCACCAGGGUUAUGUAGACCUGCCAAGAGGUUAUAACCCUCUACCGCAGUCUCCUGGGGCUGGCUACGCGGGUGGAUGGCACUAUAAUCAAGCAGGACCGCCGACGAAUCAGCUUGGUUACGACAACGCUCCUGCAAUGGCACCGGUUCAGCCCGAGCCGGCAUACCAUUUAAGAGACUGGAGCUUCGAGAGCACGAGAGAGCGCAAUCGCUCUCGCUAUUCCGGACUAUGGCCACCACCAGAUGUAGUGAGAAUACCUUCGCGCCCGCCACCUUCAAAGGAGGUCUUUCCUGUGCCCGAUGUCCCUCCGCUAGCACUCUGCCAUGUCUGUAGUGUGUGCGGUCAGAUGCGUUCUGCGGGCUACCAUCGCCAUCACCCAAUCAUUCCUGGACAGGCUCUCACCAGCACACCCUGCCGCCGUUGUAAGAAGAGGGCAAGGAAAGCGAAAGGGAGGAGGGAGAAAGAGAGUGCGAGGCAAGAAGAGACAGAGCCUUCAGAAAAUACCAUCACUAUCAAGAUCGAUGAUGGUGAGCGCCGCGGUCGUGCGCGUGCACGGGUGGUGUGUCAGGUGGAUAGGCAUCACUCACUCAGUCCCGAACGCGUCGUUUACAGGCCUAGUGGUCGCGCCAAUGUUGGACUGAGGGAGUCUACGCGCGUGGAACAUCGCACAGCGCAAGAUAUGAGUCCAGAGAGCAGCCCGCCAGCUGUUCUGAGGCGCCGAACUAGAUCUGAGGUUCGAAUCUCUUCCGUGAGCCCGCCUCCGGACGGCAUCCGAGUUCGUUACCGAAGGGAAGAAGAGUACGAGCGGCAGCGUAGUUCAUCUCCUGAUGCUAGAGCUCGGCUUGCGGCACAUGGAUUCCGUACAUUCACACCAACUGAGGUCCCCGGUUACUACCCGGAAGAGACUCACUCUCCGGCGCCAGCACCACUCCGUGGCAUCCUGAAGAAUCCUUCCCAAUUCCAAGAGGCGCAGCCGACCAGGCAUAAGAUGGAGAGAAGUCACGACAUGGACGAACGCGGACGCACCCACUAUCCCCACCGCGAGAACCGCCGUGAGCCAUCUCCCCUCAGGAGGGCUACUUCUCAACUUCGGGACCUUGGUCAGAGAGUCUGUCGAAGGUUUUCUCGCUCCCCGACACCUCAGCCGAACCGCAAGCACGAGGAUUGGGACGAUGCUACGGACUCUGACAGCGAGAUCAGCGGUGAGCACUAUUGGGUCAGGUAUCAUGAUGUCGAUGAAAAUGGAAUGCCGGCUACGAUCUACGAGGAGCGCGUCAAGAAAGCGUUGCCGGCUGGGGGAAGGCAUGAGGCACCGGCCCUUACGAGAGGGUUUGCGCCGGUGAAGGACCGUUGA